AUGGUUACCACUACGUUUAAACUUAACAAUGGCCUGGAGAUGCCAGCUGUUGGUCUUGGAACAUGGCAGUCCAAGGCUGGUGAGGUUCAGGCGGCCGUUUCUUAUGCGCUCCAAAACGGAUACAAGCUCGUCGACGGCGCUUACUGCUAUGCCAACGAGGACGAGGUUGGCGAGGGCCUCAAGGAGGCUUUCGCGGCGGGCGUGAAGCGCGAGGAUGUGUUUGUUGUGACAAAGGUGUGGGCAACGUACAACACUCGAGUUGAGGAGGGUCUGGACAAGAGCUUGAAGAGCCUGGGGCUGGAUUACGUCGACUUGCUGCUGGUGCACUGGCCCGUUCUUCUGAACCCCAAUGGCAACCACGACAAGUUCCCUACCCUGCCCAACGGCAAGCGAGAUGUCAUCUUCGACUAUAACCACGUCGAUGGCUGGAAGCAAAUGGAGGCUGUUCUCAAGACUGGCAAGACCAAGGCCAUCGGUGUCAGCAACUACAGCAAGAAAUACCUCGAGCAGCUCAUCCCACACGCCACCGUUGUCCCCGCUGUCAACCAGAUUGAGAACCACCCCAGCCUUCCCCAACAAGAGAUUGUUGACUUCUGCAGGGAGCAUGGAAUUCAUGUCAUGGCCUACAGCCCUCUGGGAAGCACAGGCAGCCCUCUGAUGAGCGCCGAGCCAGUCAUCAAGAUUGCUGAGAAGAAGGGAGUUUCUCCGGGAACCGUCCUGCUGAGCUACCACGUGAGCCGUGGCAGCACAGUGCUGGCAAAGUCGGUUACGCCCACUCGCAUCAAGACCAACCUGGAGAUUGUCGCCUUGGACGAUGAGGAUCUGAAGCUGCUGAAUGCCUACUCGGACGAUUUGGCCAGCAAAGGCGAGCUCAAGCGCUACGUCUAUCCCCCGUUCGGAAUCGACUUUGGCUUCCCUGACAAGUCAUAG